AUGAAUCCAAUUAACGGUGCCUCAUCUAAAUCAAUGUUAAACUCUUCUGAAAGUAUAUCAUUCUCUGAAAAUGAAUUGCUUGGUUUGGGAAAUAGCUUAGGUGGCGGUUCAUGUGGUUUCAAUCCAUCACAUCCAAUAAAUAAUAAUUUUAACCUUUCAGAAAUAUGUUUUAAACCUUUAGAGAACAAACAGAUUUAUUUAGCAUAUGUUUACCAAUUAAAACCAUUCAAUACCCUUACAGGAUCAGCUGUGUCGUCGAUAUAUAAAGAUUUAGCAUAUGUUUACCAAAUGCACAGCGAACCUAUUAAAAGAGAUUUAUACUAUUUACAAAUAAUAAUAAAUAUCAAUCCAAUCACGAACUAUUGCUCAAUAAUAAUCUCAAAACUAACAGCAAUUAAUAUCAAUAACUAUCAUAAAAAGUCACAAAGUCGCAGAAACUCAAAUUCUUUCAAAGUCUUUCAAUCUUUGGUAAAUCAGCUAAGGCAAAAUUCAAAUCAAUUGCAAGUUCAUGUAAAAAUUCAAAAGCGUUAA